AUGGGUGAAACCGUCCUGCCUGCCGUUGAGGAAUCUUCUCCUCAAGCUGAAGAGCCUCCUAUAUGUGGUUUAAAUGAGCCACGUAUAAAUCCAAACAAGAGGCAACUCCAGCCCACCCCAGGCGAUGGCGACACGCCACCAACCCUCCACGCUCCGCACACACUCUCCUUCAAAGAAGUUGCAGAGGAACUGCGCGUGGACAUCGACCAUGGACUCAGUCAUGCUGAAGCGGAAUCUCGCCUUCGGCUCUAUGGGCCUAACAAGGUUAAAGGAGCUGAAGGGCUAUCCAUGUGGAAAAUUCUGUUAAGACAAGUGUCCAACAGUCUUACCUUUGUCCUCAUCAUUGUCAUGGCCAUAAGCUUUGGCAUAGACGAUUACAUCGAAGGCGGUGUCAUCACUGCUGUCAUCUGCCUCAACAUCGUGGUCGGCUUCUACCAAGACUACCGAGCUGAGAAGACUAUUGAGUCUCUCAAGAAGCUCACUGCCCCCGAGGCUACUGUUACUCGCAAUGGCACAAUGGACAUCAAGGUCAAGGCGAUUGACCUUGUACCUGGUGAUAUUGUUCAGCUGUCCGUUGGUAGCAUCGUCCCGGCUGAUAUCCGUCUCAUCGACGGCGUCAACGCCUUCACCAACGAGGCCUUCCUGACUGGUGAAUCUGCUCCCGUCGAAAAGACUCCGUUGAAGAUUUUCGACGAUCCUGACAUGUCCACUGGUGACCAGACCAAUCUCGCGUUCUCUGGCAGUGAGAUGACUUCUGGUCGAUGCCGUGGUAUUGUAGUCGCCACCGCUAUGAACACUGAAGUUGGAAAGAUUGCUGCCAUGCUUCGUCAGAACAAGGACAGCAAGGCUCAAUCCAGCAACUUCUUUGUGCGAGUGGCUCAGAGGAUCGGCGGUGCCGUCAGGACUAUCCUUGGUCUUGUUGGAACACCACUGCAAAUCACCUUGAGCAAAUUCGCUCUCCUCCUCUUCGCUCUCGCUAUCCUUCUUGCCAUCAUUGUGUUCUCUGCCAGUGAGUGGGUGAUUGGUGGCGAGGUCCUCAUCUAUGGUAUCUGUGUCGCUGUGGCGGUCAUUCCGGAAUCGCUCAUCGCAGUGCUCACCAUUACCAUUGCAGUGGGGGGAAAGGCAAUGGCCAAGGCGAACGUCAUUACUAGGGUCCAGUCAGCCAUCGAGGCUGUGGGUGGUGUGACAAACAUCUGCUCCGACAAGACUGGUACUCUCACCCAAGGUCGCAUGGUCACGAAGAAGGCACUCAUUCCAGGCGCCGGUACCAUCAACAUCGAUGGCAUUACCGACCCCUACAACCCCUUGACUGGGAUAGUCACACUCAACGGUGAACGUCUGGACUUGAACCAGCACAAGCCAAAUGGUGCUGCUUCCCGCUUCCUCCGCACCAUCGCACUGUGCAACAACUCCAAGGUUCUUCCCGCCCAUGAUAUCGGUGGCAACUACGCCAACAACGAGAAGUCUGGCAUGGAUCACAAAGAGAAUGACCGCGACACCGAUUCCUCCACCAUUGAGUCGUUGUCUCGCCCACCUACGGCCAUCAUGGAAGGACUCAUGACCGCAGCAUGGAAGGCACACGGUGAACCCACUGAAAUCGCUCUACAUGUCAUGGCCUCCCGAUUUAACAUGGGCAAGGAAGAACUACUGAACACGCUCCCCAUCCACCUCGCCACCGAGUUCUCCUUCGACUCGACUGUCAAGAAGAUGACUGUCGUCUACAAGGACAACCAAACCGGCAGCAUGGACGUGUACACCAAGGGAGCCACUGAAUUCAUGCUUCCUGUCCUCAACGUCACCGAAUCCGAGAGAAACACCAUCCUCGAGCAAGCAGAGAGCAUGGCCAACGAAGGUCUUCGUGUUCUCUGCAUCGCUCACAAGUCCCUCGCCGCCGGUACCGACAUCAGCAAGCGAGAGGAGGUCGAGGUCAACCUCAACUACAUCGGACUCGUCGCCAUUUACGACCCUCCUCGUCUGGAAACCAAGGAUGCCGUUCGCGAAUGUAAAAUCGCCGGUAUCACGGUCCACAUGCUUACUGGUGACCAUCCUGGCACAGCGAGAGCUAUUGCCUUGGAUGUCGCCAUUAUCGAUGAACGUACGCCUGCCUCUGCCGUCAUGAUCGCUCGUGACUUUGAUGCCAUGACUGAAGAUCAGAUUGACGCCAUGGAGACUCUUCCUCUUGUUAUUGCUCGAUGCAGUCCUACCACCAAGGUCAAGAUGGUGCAAGCGCUUCAUCGCCGAGGUCGCUUCUGCGUCAUGACUGGUGAUGGUGUCAACGACUCACCUGCUCUGAAGCAGGCCAAUGUCGGCAUGGCCAUGGGUACUGGAUCCGAUGUGGCCAAAGAUGCAGCUGAGAUGGUUCUUACUGACGACAACUUUGCCUCGAUUGUGAAAGCAGUCGAGGAAGGUCGUCGCCUCUUCGACAACAUCCAAAAGUUCCUCAUGCAUCUCCUCAUCUCCAACAUCGCCCAAGUCAUCCUCCUCCUCAUCGGUCUCUCCUUCAAGGACCGCGACGACCACUCCGUCUUCCCCCUCUCUCCCAUUGAAAUCCUCUGGGUCAACCUCAUCACCUCGUCCUUCCUCGCCAUCGGCCUCGGCCUCGAGGAGUCCCAGGAAGACAGCAUGUACCGGCCCCCACACGACGUGAAAAAGGGCGUCUUCACGACCGAGCUCAUCACGGACAAAUUCAUCUACGGCUUCUUCAUGGGCGCCCUCUGUCUCUUCUCCUUCUCCAUCGUUGCCUACGUCGGCCCCGGCGGCGGCGACCUCGGCUCCGGCUGCAACGAGGGCUGGAACGAGACGUGCGACGUCGUAUUUCGCGCAAGAGCUACCACGUAUGCAACUAUUACCUUGUUACUCCUCUUCACCGCUUGGGAAGUCAAACACUUCUCUCGCUCCCUAUUCAACAUGUAUCCCAAUACCCCGACCAAGGCUCCCCCCGGAUGUUCCAUCUUCCCCACUCUCUGGCGCAACCGCUUUCUCUUCUUCGCUGUCAUCGCGGGUCUCUGCAUCAUGUUCCCUAUUGUCUAUCUCCCCGUCAUCAACGAGAAGGUGUUCAAGCACGGGGGUAUCACAUGGGAGUGGGGUGUCUCGUUUGGUGCAGUGGUGAUUUACAUAGCGGCGAUUGAGAGCUGGAAGGCGAUUAAACGUCGCUUUGGCAUCUGGAGCGGUGCUCAUCGUGUUAUUUCUCGCGAGGAUGCGGAGGCGAGGGCUGGGUUGGUCGGCGCGGUUAGACAUGUUAUUCAAGAGAAAUGA